AUGUGUAUAUUUCCGCCCGACGCCGCCUUCAAGGCCUGUGUCAUCAGUCAAAUCGAGUUGCUCCGAAAGCCAUCACUGGUUUGCGUGGAGUCCGUAACGUAUGAAUUGCAGGACAUCGUCAGAGACUGUAUCCAAACCAUACAGACUUUCACACCCAUUAAGUGCGAAGAAUUCUAUACGAAACUGACCCUGGACUAUGUGGUCGAGUGCAAGAAACGAUGCAAAGCCUGUGUCGAGCACCUGAUUCGAGUGGAAAAGGCUUAUCUCAAUACAAAUAACGAUGAUUUCAUGAAACUUUAUAAGGAAAGUGGGGGAAUGGCAGCCAAGAUUGCCGCUCAAGAAUCGACAUCGAGUAGUGAUAAACCAAAUGACACGAUCAGUCACACGGAUAAU